AUGUGUCUUUUUAAUCUCAUUUCAGGCACCCAAGAGGAAGCAGCUCGUGGCUAUGACAUUGCAGCAAUUGAGUACAGAGGGAUCAAUGCUGUGACUAACUUUGACUUGGGCUCUGACUUCACUGAUUGUUGUUUUUCCAACACUGACAUAAGAUGGCUAAAGCCAAGAGCAGACGAUCCAAUAGCCACUCAAGAACCAGAGACAGUCGCAGAGCCUCAGAAUAUGCCAUUCAUGGCCAACAGCUACAUCCCAACAGAGGAGUGUUUCUCACACACAAAUCCUUUUGCCUCCCCCCCGGGAAAACAAGAAGUCAUCGGUAGCAGCAUCCCUCUUAACACCGGUAGCAAGUCAUCGUCUCCCACCGCACUUGGCCUCGUCCUUCAAUCAUCAAUAUUCAGAGAGUUGGUUCAGAAGAACUCAAACUUCUCGGAGGAUGAGAGUACUGACGGAGAAGAAACAAAGGACCAGCCACAGGCUGGUCUUGGUAGUGAUGAUGAGUUCGGUGGAAUUUUCUAUGAUGGAAUUGCCGUUUGCUUGCUCUUCCAAUUCUGA